GUGGUAUGACGGCUAUGGAUGCAUGGGGAUGCACCACGUGUGCUGGCGCUGCGACGGCGUAAGUUUAACUCUUUUCUCUCAUACGAAGAAACACGUUCGUGCCGCAGGAAGUUUAGCUCGGAUGUCUGCUGCUUUUUGCGCAAAAGUCAAUCCUCCUUACCCAACUCUCAUCAGUCAUUCGAUGCCGAGUUCUAGUUGUUCAUGCUUUGUCACAAGAUCAAUUACCUGGAUCUUGUUCAUGCAGUCAAGUCGGAAUGGAAACCGAUAGCCGCUUUGGGAACCCAAGCUAGUCCGCAAAGAACGAUUGUCCCGGCUACGACUUCUUAUAUGACCGCGAUUCGAGGAUGGCCUCGAUCACCUGAGGCUGGAGGCUGUAGGGCACGACUCAGCGAGGCCCGCUUGUACGGCUGGCUUGCCGCUGGAACAUUGCUUGAAAGGCGUGAUGCGAUAUCUGAGAACGCCAAUUUGACCAUCCUCGUACGCGGAAUCCGCAUGCCCAUGGGUAGGCUUCAAUGUGGAGACAUUGUCGGAGGGGGCAUCAUGGAGCGGCGUCAUCAGACGAAGGCGCUCUUUCGUCCGCCGAGUUUGCGCAGAUGCAACACCGAACAGAACACAAUUGCUGGAUUGGGACGAGGAGAGAUGGUGAAAGGUGAUGUUCGUUUCACAGCAGCAUUACGAACGCUCUCCAUAUCUUCCCGGCGAUGCAUCGUAACCAUCUAGAACACCAGCGCCGCACCCUUCGUCUUCUUGUCACCACUGCGAUACUAGUUAGCAGGCAUGGUCCAUCAUUGCCACACUGACACAAACAUACCCCAACUCGAAGUGCUUGCAUCGCUUCAAUGCCAAUUGUGCCUUGGUCUUACAUUGUGUGCAUUCUAACCGCAGCACCACCUUCUUCGU